AUGAACCGCCUGUCUGCCCUUGUCGCUGGCGGUUCCCUUGGAAGUCCGGUCCGCCAGCAACUUCCACGUCGGACUCCCGGCGGGGGCGGGAGCGACGGGCCGCUGCGACUACGCGCCAGGAACGGCGACCUGAGCGUCCGCGUCGUCGCUUUCGACAAAAGUCACAGGCGCGCAAGACGAAACCCAGAGGAUAAAAAAUAUUCAAGGACCCCAAUGGCGAAUCUGCCGCCCAAUAAUUCGAGUUGGGCCUCGAUGCAGCAGCCAGUCGACUGGUCGCAGGCUUCGGGUGCAGCGUGGCAGAAGUUGCAGGUCUUGAAGCGUCCUGCGGGGGCGAAGCACCUUUCCCUGGGUGCUUUCUCCCACACGGAAAUAGGACUACGUAAUAAUAAUAGGAAGAGCCCUGCGCCGCCAAUGCGAAGUAGCCUUACACAUGAGGUCGCUAACGAGUAUUUUGGUGUCGCAGUGGUGCCCAGGGUCAACGUUAGACCCCUUCACUCCGUUCUUCCACCUAGUUCUGAGCACCUGACCACCUUUGUGGGAUCAGCACUGUGGAUGGGCUGCUUCAGAUCACAAGGACUAAUGACUUGUUCCCUCCAGGGGGCGGGCUGCUUCAGAUCACAAGGACUAAUGAUUUGUUCCCUCCAGGGGGCGUCGAUUGACAAUCAGCAGCUUCGAGUGUAUCCCGGAUCACCGGAUCACCACCCACCAGCUGUUCCUGACAGUUUUGGAGGCCCUACUGGAUUUAGGUAUGGAGGGAAGGCCUGUGUUGAACAAGACAAGCUGGGUCAAGCCUUUGAAGAUGCUCUUGAGGUCCUGAGGCAACAUUCAACUGGAGAUCUUCCAUACUCCCCAGAUUACAAAAAUUAUCUGGCAUUCAUCAACCACUGCUCUCAUGUCAGAGGGAAUUCCAACUGCUAUGGUGUGCUACCUACAGAGGAACCUGUCUAUAAUUGGAGAACAGUAAUAAACAGUUCUGCGGACCUCUAUCUUGAAGGAAAUAUUCAUCAAUCUCUGCCAAACAUCCCCGAAAACCAGCUGGUACAACCUGCUGUUCUCCAUCAAAAGGGAGGAAAAGGCAGAAAGAAGCUCCGACUGUUCGAAUACCUUCAUGAAUCCCUGUGUAAUCCUGAAAUGGCAUCUUGUAUUCAGUGGGUAGAUAAAACCAAAGGCAUCUUUCAGUUUAUGUCAAAAAACAAAGAAAAACUCGCCCAACUUUGGGGGAAAAGAAAAGGCAACCGGAAGACCAUGACUUACCAGAAAAUGGCCAGAGCACUGAGGAAUUAUGGAAGAACUGGGGAAAUCACCAAAAUCCGGAGAAAACUAACUUACCAGUUCAGUGAAGCUAUUCUCCAAAGACUCUCACCAUCUUAUUUCUUAGAAAAAGAGAUUUUCUACUCACCGUAUGUUCAGACAGAGCAAGGCUUUCUCAGCUUCAGUAACUGGAAUGCAAAUUAUAAUUGUACAUAUGCUGAUUACCAUGAGCUAAGGCACCCUGACUGCUAA